UCGUGGACGCCGCCGAGCCGCACUGUCAACAGGCAACUGUAUAACUACAGGUCGGUCUCCGCGCGCUUACGGCCGGCCGCCGCGUUCACUUGUUACCUUUUCUUUGCCGCCGGCCACGACGCCAUGGAAGUGACCACGUGGCGCCGCUCCGUUGACCUCCCAGCGUCAGUGUUGUACGCUAGCUUCAGUGUUGUUCUCGUAUCUGUCAACGAACUGACAGGUGGGCGAUAGCUCUGACGUAGUGUUCCUUUCAGUUGUGUGCGUGUGUAGCGGUUCGGUGACGCGACGAUAGAAGAUGGCACUGCGAGAGAUGCACCUCCACGUGGUGCUGCUGGUGGUGCUGGCCGCGGUGCCGUGGCGGGGGGUGGUGUCCUGGGACCCGGAGGCGGGCUUCUUCACGUGCGACAACAUGGUGCACAACACCUCGGACCACGCGCCGCUCUUCAACUGCACGCACGACGACAGCGAGCAGGUGUUCCGGUGCGAGGUGGUGCUGGCGACGACGGGCAAGAACUUCCACGCGAACACCAACCUGGCGGUGUCGCUGCAGCUGCGGCGCCACGCGGCGGAGCCCCGCUGCCUGCUGCUGGCCGCCGUCAACGUGAGCCAGGUGCCGCAGCCCGCGCUGCCCAACACCAUCCCGUUCGGCGACCUCGAGGACAACAUCUUCUACCAGCAGAUCCAGCACCUGCGCGUCGCCGUCGUCUUCCCGCGCAGCGUCCCCUUUGGCAGGCUUUGCACUGAGGAGUCUCCCUACAGGCCGUCGGCGUGCCUGAACCGGGACACGGUGCUGGUGACGGCGGUGAUUCGGCACGCGACCGCCGCCAGGAAGGGCGUGCUCAACAGACUCCACUAUAUACACAACGCCACGCUCAUGCUGGGCGCCGAGCUGACGAAGCUUCGCGCAGAGGUGAACGGCGAGGUGGAGCUGCAGCUGCAGCAGGUGCUGGACCUGCUGGCCGGCACCAACGCGCACUCCGUGGCGCUGCACGGCGGCAACUGGAGCGACGCGCCGCUCCAGCUCUCCGAGCAGCCCCUGCUCACCGACCUGGACCUCGCCAGCUGCCGCAUCGCCAACGUCAACAUCACGGACUUCGGGCUGGUGCCGCGGCUGCGCUCUCUGGUGCUGCACCACAACUCGCUGCAGGACGUGCCGGCGGGGCUGCAGGCGCUGGCCGAGCUGCAGCGGCUGGACCUGUCCGACAACCCGCUGCAGAACACCGACUCCGUUCACGUCCUGGGAUCGCUGGCGGCGUUGCGCGAGCUGCGUCUGGCGGGCUGCGGGCUGAGGGCGCUGCCGGAGCAGCUGUCGCUGCCCGCCGGCCUGCAGCUGCUGGACCUGUCGCGGAACGGCCUGGAGCAGCUGCCGCCGCCGCUGCCGCCCGCGCUGCGCAGCCUGCUGCUGCACCACAACCAGCUGACCGCCACCCUGCGGCUCACGCUGCACGCGGCCGCGCCGCCGCUGCUGCUCGUCGACCUGGCCGACAACCUCAUAGACCAGCCGGUCGACGUGCUGCGCGGCGACAAGCUGGCGGAGGAGCCGUGGACAGAGUGGCUCAACCUGAGCUGGAACCAGCUGCAGACGCUGCCCCGCUCAGAUGCAAGACGCCUCCAGCGGUCUGCCUCGCAUGCCGUAGUCCUGCACGACAACCCCUGGGACUGCUACGUGUGCGAGACGGCACCUCUCAAGGAAUGGAUCCUACAGCCUGAGGACGAGAGGCCCGCGGUUGCGGGCGAGGUGUUCUGCGCGAAGCCGGCGGCGCUGGCGGUGCGCUCGCCCACCGUGCUGGACGGCUGCAGCUCGGUGGACAUCGCGGUGGCGGUGGGCGUGCCGAUGGCGGCGCUCGGGCUGCUGGCCGGGCUCGUGGCGGCGCUCUGCUACUCCUACCGCUUCGAGCUCACCUACCUGCGCCACAUACUCGGCGUCAAGAUAGGCGCCGCCAGGCGCGGCCGCCGGCGCCCGGGUGCCGAGGGCGCCGCCGACGACCACGACUUCAAGUACGACGCCUUCGUCAGCUACAGCGCGUCGGACCGCGAGUGGGUGCUGUACCGGCUGCUGCCCGGCCUGGAGCGAGCCCCGGAGCGCUUCCGGCUGUGCCUGCACGAGCGCGACUUCGCGCCCGGCACCUUCAUCACCAUCAACAUCGUCUCCUCCAUGCAGGCCUCGCGCCGCAUGAUCGUCGUCCUCAGCGAGGCCUUCGUCUCCAGCCAGUGGUGCCAGUGGGAGCUGGACAUGGCGAAGCACCAGGUGUGGGAGGACGGCAGCGACUUCCUGCUGCUGCUGGAGCUGGAGCGGCUGGAGCGGCGGCGGCUGCCGCGCCACCUGCGCGACUUCAUGGAGACGCGCACCUACCUGGAGUGGCCGGCGCGGCCCGCGGCCGAGGCGGACGAGGCGGCGGCCUGGGGCAAGCUGCGCGACGCGCUCAGCCCGAGCCUGCACCAGCAGCGGCAGCGGGCCCGCCAGCUGCAGCGCGCCGCCAGCCAGCGCCGCCGCCAGCAGCAGCACCGCGACCACCAGCUGCACCAGCUGCACGGGAGGCGCUCCGCCGCCGACGACGCCGACGACGCGUGA